AUGGAGAGGGUCCAGCAGUAUGCAGUGGAUGUGACUCUUGAUCCUGAUACAGCAAGUCCUGCACUCAUCCUGUCUGAUGAUGGGAAACAAGUAUAUCAUGGUGAUUAUUAUAACUGGAAGAAGAAUCUCCCAGAUAACCCAAAGAGAUUUUUAUCCUUCUCCCUGUUAGGAAAGCAGAGUUUGUCUUCAGGCAGAUUUUACUUUGAGGUUCAAGUUAAAGAGAAGACUGACUGGGUUUUAGGAGUGGCCAGAGAGUCGAUUGACAGGAAGGGAGACAUCACACUGAGCCCUGAGGAUGGUUACUGGACUAUAUGGUUGAGAAAUGGAAAUGAGUACGAAGCUCUUGAUGAUCCUUCAGUCGAUCUCUCUCUAGAGUCUCGUCCUCAGAAGGUGGGGGUGUUUGUGGAUUAUGAGGAGGGUCUGGUCUCCUUUUAUGACGUAGAUGCUGCAGCUCUUAUCUACUCCUUUACUGGCUGCUCCUUCACUGGGAAACUCUACCCAUACUUCAGUCCAUGGAAUAAUCAUGGUGGUAUAAACUCCGCCCCUCUCAUCAUCUGUCCUGUCAGUCAAACUGUCUGA